AUGUGCGCCCGGGGCGCGCGGCUGCGGAGCGCCUCCUUCGCGGCGCGGCACCGCCGGAUGGCCAACGGAUGGAUACAAGACACUGCGCCAGCUGCGGCCGUGCUCGCCCGCAACAAGCGACCACUUUGGCUGGUGCUGAAGAAGGACCAGGAGACCAAGCGCCAGAUCCGGAACGCUGCCUUCCGGCACAUGCCCUGCAUGCCCUUCGAUGUGUGGCUUCUCAUGAAGCAUGAGGAGGACAGCGCCCCCAAGGCGGAAUCCGAAGAGGCCAAGCAGGAGAGGGUGCGAUUCUACCGCAGGCUGGGCCGGCAGCGCAAGUUGCUCAUGGGCCAAUGCAGCAGAUCCAUCAGCCCGGGAGGUUCGGCUGAAUAG